CGUUGGCCUCAGCCAUGGCGAGUAGCAGCGGCGUCGGGGCGGCGGCGGCGAAUCUGAAUGCGGUGAGGGAGACCAUGGACGUUCUGCUUGAGAUUUCAAGAAUUUUGAAUACUGGAUUAGAUAUGGAAACUCUGUCUAUAUGUGUACGGCUCUGUGAACAAGGAAUUAACCCAGAAGCUUUAUCAUCAGUUAUUAAGGAACUUCGCAAGGCCGCUGAAGCAUUAAAGGCUGCUGAAAAUAUGACAAGCUGACUUUCUGAAGAAAUUCUGGUGAGAUAUGUCAAGCUCUGCAAGAGGAUUGAAGAUUGCAUUGUAGUUAAGAAUGUACAAUGAAAUCACUGCAUGUAGCAAUGUGGAAACAUUGUCCUUUUUAAAAGAAUUAUAAAACCAUAGCUUUAUAAAUCAGUGGAAAGUGGCUUACAGAGAAAACUAUCAGUUGUGUUUACACCACAUCUUAUCUUUUUUUAACAGUUCUAAUGUUUUGGCACUGCUGUGUUCAUAUUUAUGUAUUCCUUAUUUUAUAGCUCUGAUAGCUUUAAUUUUCUAAGCUGUCUGUCUAUCAGAUGUGCACAUCUGCUGUGCCUGGUUGAAGUAUAGUGGAACCCUUCAGUAGUAAUGUUGUAGUUAUGACUUGUUGACAUUUCCAUUAUAAACUUUAAUUUUGAAUUGUUUAUGCAGAAUAACUGUGGAUUUAUGUUGUAUUAGGCUGGAAGUUGACAAUUUCGGUUACCAGUUGUGGAUUUUGACUUAGAUUCAUUAUGCAUAUCAGAAUCUUGUUUUUUAUAAGAGCAUGGAAAAACAUUUGUUGUAAACUGCUCUUUAACAAAGAAUAUUUAGUUUUUUUAAACAUAAGGUUUGACUAGCAGUUAAUAUUGUGAAGCAGAUCAUAUUUGUAUUGAUUGAAAAAUGAAACUUAGAAACAGAUUUUAAAAGUAAUGACAGUGCUUAGCUUACUAUUAUUUAUCAUUUGAAUCAUUUAAAUUUAGUGAGAAUAUUAAUAGAGAAUGUUUUUCUUUCUAACUUUUAUACUCUGUAAAUCACGGCCUUAAAAAUAAUAAUGCAUAAUGAAACAAUUCCAACAUGAAAAGUCUUUUUUACUUUCGUAACAUAAAAAUAAUUUGAGUGCUUACUUAAUAUCCCUUGAGUGGUUAUCUAGUAGAUCACUAAAUAGAUGGUAUCACUCAACAAAUAAUGUUAAUUAUUUUCUGAAGGAAUAAAGGUUUCCAGUCAUUAAACAAAAACGAAAUAAUCAAGUGUUCUGUAUCAGGAAUUCUAAAUAUGCCUUUCUAAGCUCAUUUUUAUGUGUCAUUAUUUUUACCCUGAAAGUUUUAACUAAUUGAAGUGAUGGUUCAAAAUACAUUUUAGAAAACUUAGGAUAGCAUGGAUUCUGUUCCUAUAACAGAAUCUCAGUGGAAUAUUUUUCCCAAGACUAAUACAGAUUUAAUCUGAUUUUUUAAGACUUUGUUAGCUUCCCUUUAAAUGAUAGUAUAGGGACUCCCCCGGAAAUCCGGUCCAGUGGUUAAGACUCCACCUUCCAAUGCAGGGGUUGCGAGUUUGAUCUCUGGUCAGGGAACUAAGAUCCCACAUGCGGCGGGGUGCAGCCAAAAUUUUUUUUUAAAAAUGAUAGUACAAGCAUAUACUCUUUGGUAGCAUUUUUUGUUCUUCAGACAAACCAAAGUGAUUUUAAUAAGGCUUAAUAAUAUUUAAUGGCAACCUUCUGUUCUAUUUUAAAAAUCUAGUCUUUUGACCACUUUGACUUUUUUAAAUACACGACAUCUUUACCAAGUGCGCUGAAGGUCUAUUAUAGGGAGAACUGGUUGGGAGACAAUAAAAGUUUUGAUUGUAAGUCAUACGUUUAAUUAAAAAACAUUGCCAAUACUGCACGUUGUUAUUUAUAUAUGAUCAGAAAAAGGACAUUCUUGUCAAGUUCCAAAAUUUGUAUAUACUUUUAGGUCAUAAGAGUUAAUAGUUUUAUUUAUGACUUUGUAGAUUAUGUUAUUUAUGUGUGAAACAAAGCAGGAAAAUAUAUUGAGAAGGAGUUAUGUUUAUAGAGGACUUUCUUAAUGUGUUACAUUUCUUAAAUGUAAACAUAUUUCUAAUGCAUACUUAAGUAAUGUUUAAGGAAACCAAAGUAAUGCAUUGUUGUGCAUGUUGGCAGUGUCAAAAAUAAAACCAUUUU